AUGGAGGAGGGAAGCCAGUUUAACUACAAGGGUGAUCUUAACGAUUGGUGGGAGACGGAGAGCAAGGAGAAUUUUAAUGAGAAGAAGAUGUGUAUAAUAGACCAAUAUGGCAGCUAUAAAGACAACCAGACUCAAUUGAACCUGAACGGCAUAACCACACAGGGAGAAAACAUAGCGGACAACGGUGGAUUCAAGUUGGCCUAUCUUGCGUACCAUCGGAUGGCAGAUCAGCUGAUGGAACCGGAACCAGGGCUGCCAAACUUGGAACAAUACAGCAACGAUCAGCUGUUUAUGAUCGGUAUGGCCAACAUCGAGUGCACGCGGUAUCACCCCGAGUCUCUCAGAGAGCGGAUCCAUACAGACACACAUUCCCCGGCAGAGUUUAGAGUUAACGGAGUCCUGAAGAACUUUCCAGAGUUUAGUAAGGUGUUCCAGUGUGGCUCUGGGGAUGCUAUGAAUCCUGAGAAUAAGUGCGUUGUUUGGUAAUCCUGGUUAAAUUAGCUGGGAUCUUUUAUCAGUAAUUAAAAUGAGUAAUUUGUACUAGUUUGCUUUACAGUAUGAUUUUUCGUCAUUUAUAUUUGUAAAUAAUUAAGAAAUUGAAUUCGAAUUAGGAAUAGAAGAUUUUAGUAUUCAUUGCAAUAUUCUUAGAAUACUGCUAAAUAAAUAAACAUGAUGGGUUAAACGCGAUGAGUGUUAUGUGGUUCCACAGAAAACAUUUACAAUACAUUUGUUUCGCUGUAUUCAUGCACAACUUAUUACAAAUGUGGUUUCAUAUAAAUUAGUCAAAAUAUUAUUACAAUCAAUUCUCAAAAUAUAAUUAUUACAAAUUUAUUUUACGGUAUAUUGUAGGAAUUUUCCUUACAUAUGUGUUUUUAUUCUUAUAUAUUUUAAUACUAUGAUCAUAUUACAAUUAUGGUUUUAAUUGUUGUACUAGUCUAUUUUAAAUAUAGGGAAAUGUGUAGAUUAAAGUAAUUAUUAGGUAUUUAAAAUACAUACAUUAUUUAAAUGUCUGUUGAAAUGGUUUUGGAAUGUGUGUUUAGUUGAGGUUUUGGUUUUAAAUAAAUGUAAUGUUGA